AUGUUUCUUUUAUUAGCAUCAUCUAUACGCUCUGCAACCCAAAGAGCUACACCAUCAUACUGGCUGAAUAACUGGGACAAGAGUAACCCAAUCAUCGCUAUGUGGAACAUUGCUCAGAUGUCUUGGACAGUUCAACCAACAACACAUCCAGGUAUUAAUCACGUUCGUGCUUACACAGAGAAGAAACGCGAUGUUCUCGUUGCCGAUUCUUUUGCUCUUAAAAUCGAUGGAAAUCUUUACGGAAACGAUAUGCUCUUAAACAACACACACUUAGCUGGUGCAGUGCAGGAAGUCGAUGGAGAACUCUGGACAGAGUACACUCACUACAAGACAAACGAUCUUCCAAUUUCAGUUCGCCGCUCUUUCUACAUGCCUCCAUACGAAGAAUACUACCUUGUUAAGUACACAAUCAAGUCAAGAGAUGGCAACUCCCACAAGGUCCAACUUCUCGACUACGCCGUUUCUGGCUCUGAUCCACAGUGGUCAUUAGGCAAAUGCGCUGGAAAUACUUGCGGAAUGAACCGUGAUGCAGCAUACAUCGCAUCUGCUGUUUUCUCCCUUGAUUCUAACCAUGAUCCAAUGUCAACAAUGGGUAAUGGCAAUUUCGCUGACAACACAAACCCAUUAACUGCAUUUGCAGCAUCAGGAACAAUCCCAUCAUUCCCAGAAUACAACCAACAGACAAUUUCCUUCGGAGCUCUCUACGAAGUUAGUGUUUCACCAUCUUCUACAGUUACCAUCUAUUCCAUCCGCGCAUUCGGCCGCUCGUACACCAACGCUCGCUUGACAAUGUCGAAGGCCCAAUCAUUAGGAUACGAACAAAUCAUCAAAUUAACUUCCGACCGUUACUCUGCAUUCCUUGCUAAGGGUGUCCAACCAUCACUUACAGGAGAUGCUCUCGACCUCUACCAGAAGUCAGUUCUUGCUCUCAAGAACUCACAGAACCCAGAAUUAGGUUUAAUUGCUUCUUCACUCCAUCCAAACUACGGCUACAAGAAUUGGAUGCGUGACUCCCUCAUGGCCGCCUUCAUGCUCGAUGCUGCUGGCUACCACGACGAGUACAAACUCUUCUUCAACUGGGUUGACUCUGCUGAGCUCAUGGAAAACGGCGGAUUCCAUACAACAUACGAUACAUUUACAGGCGAACAAAUCGGCUUCGUCGAACCACAGUACGAUGCAAACGGUUUAUACUUGGUCGCAUUAAAUUACCACUUAAAGACAGUUGGCGACAAGGACUGGGUCAAGUCAAAGCUCCCAACUAUCAGAAAGAUGGUUGAUUUCCUUAACAUCAACUCCGGAUUCCACAAUUUACCUUUAUCUGACAGAUCUCCAUGGGAAGAAUCAUCAGACCACCACACAAAGGAACCAGUUCCAACACAGUGGUACGCUUACGAGAUGGGCUGCAUGUACGGAGGCAUGAGAGCAGCUGCAUCUCUUGAAAGACUCAUUGGCGACCAAUCAAGAAGCGAUGCAGACAACCAACGCGCUGCACAGAUACAGGCCGGUGUUAAAGAAGCUCUCUGGGAUUCAAAUGAGAAGAGAUUGUACAGAGGAGUAAGAGAUGAAGGCAACAAAGAACCAGAUACACGUGCUGACUCUGCAUCAAUGUCAUGCGUUUACUUCGGAUUGAUCCAAGGCGAUGAAGCACUUUCUCACCUCAACUUCAUCACAAGUAAAUUAACUAAAUUGGUCGGAGGAAUUUCCAGAUACGAAGGAGAUCCAUACUUCUACGAUUCUGUCUGGAAUCCAUGCGGUGAAGGCACACACGAGACACAAAUGGCUGAACCAGCAUGGCCAGUUGUCACUGCUUACGUCGCUUGGUCAGAGCAUUUGUUGGGCAUCGAUAUCUCUAAGCGCCUCCAAUGGAUGGUCCAAGUUGCUGCUUUCGGAAACAUGCCAACAGGAGAAGGCGUCGACGCAAAGGAUGGUGCUUUAAUUGUUCCUUCCGCUCCUGACUGCUUCGAACACGCUGGUGUUUACGUCUACACAACACUCCUCAAACAAGGAAAGGCUCUCCCAUUAUAUAAUACAUUCUAA